UUGUGAUUUGAUACACGUGCGUUUAUAAAAUUAACGAAAAUGAUUCAAACUAAGGAACAGGUUACAAGAAUUGAAGAUUUAUUACCAGAUAAAAUUGAAUCACAACAGAGUGAAAGUAAUGUUCAAGAAAAAGAAAAAAGUGGUGACAGCAAAACAAACAAUAAAGAAAUGUUACAAAAAGUGAUACCUAGAGGUAGACCAAAGUCUGGUAGAAUAUGGAAAGAACCAAAACAAAAAUUUUCAUCAAUUGUAAAAACCAAGGGUAUUCGCUUGUCUUUUGAAAAGAAACAAAAAUUAAGAGAAGAAUUGAAAAAAGUUAAAGAAUUAUCUAGAGAAAUAAAAGCACAAAAAGAAGCAGAAAAGCAAGCAAAAAAGGAAAGAAGAAGAGAAAACUUAAAACGAACAGAAGAAAAACAGAAAAAGAGUGAAGUCAUACAAGUUAUUAAAAAUACAGCAAAAAUAAAGAGAAUGAAGAAAAAACAAUUGCGAAUGAUUGAGAAGAGAGACACUGUAAAAAAUGCAUGAGUCACUGUAAAAAAGAUGUGAAAGAUAUUUUAAGUUAAAAUAAAAGUUACACUAUAAAAAUGGUUUUAUAAAUAUUUUUCAAGAAAGUUUGAAUAGUUAUAAAAAUACAUAUACAUUCAAAGAAACUUUAUGUAAUA